AUGUUAGCCAAGCGCGCCGCGGCGGACAAGCUGGCCAUUCGAAGGCUGCUGAGCACUGUCAAGGCGCCAUGCGAGAAGGUGCAGCAGGGAGAGAGAAAGUUCGGCCGGGAAUGGGAGGACAGGCUGAUGAAAUUUUAUGCCACCGCACAUGCUGAGCAAGUCGCCGCAGAGGCCGAGUGUCUCAAAGCUCGGCAGACGUGGCCACGGGGAUCAAGGUUGCAAGCUCCUGAGCCUGCAAAUCCUGCAGCUAGGUGGUUGGUGAGUGACGUGGGCGAAGCUGAGAGCGACUGGGACCUGACUCCCAGGUCCCAGCCAGGCCGAAGUCCUGACCCGGCUGACCCCCCCGCUCCUUCCGCCCCUUUCGGCCCUUGCGCCCCCGGGCCUCGCGGGCCUCGCGGGCCUCGCGGGCCUCGCGGGCCUCGCGGGCCUGGUCCAAAUCCUGGGGCCGAGGGCCUCAACCCUGGCCCGGCCGGCCUCCCUUCUUGCUCCAGCAUCGCCCGCGAGAAGGCUGCUGCACGUCGCGAGCGAAAGCGGAUGGCCGAGAGCUUCGGUGAUAGGAGGUGCGCUUUGCAAAGGCAAGCUCACGGUAGUGAUUUGCAGACUUUGAAGGCGGAUCGAGAGGACCGGAGCAGGCUGCAGGUUUCCGAGCAGAACAAAGCGUGGCAAGCUAGGACGACAGAGCUCCUGAUGCAGAAAAACCAAGAGCUUUUGGAGCAUCGCAGAAGGCAGGUGAACGACCUGAGGGCAGAGCUGAAUGAUGGAGCCCAGAAUCGCAGCACCAAGCGCCGCCAGGAUCUGCAAGACAAGCAGAUUGCGAUUGUUGAAAAGAAGGUGCUCACACGCUUGCUCGGAGAAGCGCGGCAAUCAGAAAAUGCAUUCGGAUUGCCACCGCUGCUUUCCACUGUGAACGAGGAGAGCAAGACCUGUGAGGGCUUUGGCGCGACCUGCACUACUGCCAGCCAUUUCACUGAGGCUGCGACUCUGAGCGUUUGCUCAGAGGCUCCCAGCUCUAAAAUGGCAAUGACCAUGACUCAGCUUCCAGAGGUGCCAAAGAUUCCAAGGCUGGCAGCAACGGACAUGAACUGGAAGGAGAGAAAGUACGAAGGUAAGUUGUCAGCGAGGGUCAGAGCGCCUCAGCCGCGGAGGUCCAGGUUCCCUGCAAUCCAGCGUCGAGGAAUCUCGGGAGAGCUGGAAGAAGGAUUGUCAACUGCGCAGCCUUGGUUUCAGCGCAUGGCACUGUCUGCAAGGACAUGA